AGUCCGAUUGACGUGAUCGGUGACUUACACACCCACUUGAGACCAAACAUUUGAGCUGCAGGCAAGCCUUUAUAACGUAGACGGAACGAGUAUCAUCCUACAACCGGUCUGACUAGGGGAGACUAGAGGCGAGCCGACAGUGAUGGCUACUCCAACGAAGGUGCUAAUGCUGCAUGGACACUCGCAGAAUGCUAGUAUAUUCAGUAAACGCCUUGGGGCCUUGAGGAAAUCGAUGGGAAAAGGCAUUGAAAUGGUAUUCGUGGACGGACCCAUUGUCUUACUUCCUGUUGACUUCGACGGCACCGCUUCAUUGGCAGCUCUCGGAGCCUCAGAGGCGAACACGACAUCCUCUGAUCCUUCGACUACGCCCCGAGCUUGGUGGAAAUCUAACCCGGAGAGAACAAUCGCCCACGGGUUAGAAGAGUCUAUACUCCUUUUGAAAGAUAUUCUUCAACGUGAUCGAUAUGAUGGUGUGUUUGGCUUCAGUCAAGGAGCAGCUAUGGCUGCUCUGCUUGCCGCUCUCCUAGAGCGGCCUCACUCAUACCCUCCCUUUCUCAUCGACGGAGAGGCUCCUCACCCACCUUUCAAAUUCUGUGUAGCCGUCUCAGGCUUUAAGGCACCCGGGUCACUCAGUGCAGAAACUUUUGGGACAUCGUAUUCUACACCCACCCUGCACGUUCUCGGGAGAACUGAUGUCAUUGUCGUUGAGGAGCGCUCGAAGGGUCUGCUUGAUCUCUCACAGAACAAGAGAUUGGAGGAGCAUGAUGGCGGACACUUCGUGCCCUCGAAGGCCAAAUGGAGGGAGUUCUUCCGCAAUUACUUGGCUGAUCCUCUUGGAGUGAUUCCUUCCCCAGAACCGAGAACUGUUCUUCAGCCUGCCCCCGGCGAUUGAUACGAUACCUCGAACUGUAAUAGAGCUACGUGAUAGAAAUGCUAUACUUCACACAGGCGCAAA